GACAACAUCAACGGACUCACACAGGGGAGAAACCAUAUGAAUGUAUGGAGUGCGGAAAGAGCUUCAGUUUCAAUGGAAGCCUUAGAAGACAUCAACGGACUCACACAGGGGAGAAAUCAUAUAAAUGUAUGGAGUGCGGAAAGAGCUUCAGUUUAAAUGCAAUCCUUAGACGACAUCAACGGACUCACACAGGGGAGAAACCAUAUGAAUGUAUGGAGUGCGGAAAGAGCUUCCAUGAUAAUGGAAACCUUAGAACACAUCAACGGACUCACACAGGGGAGAAACCAUAUGAAUGUAUGGAGUGUGGAAAGAACUUUAGUUUAAAUGCAAUCCUUAGACGACAUCAACGGACUCACACAGGGGAAAAACCAUUUAAAUGCAUUGAGUGUGGAAAGAGAUUUAGUGAUAAUGGAAAACUUAGAAGACAUCAACAGACUCACACAGGGGAGAAACCAUGUAAAUGUAUGGAGUGUGGAAAGACCUUUGAUGAUAAUGGAACCCUUAGAGGACAUCAAGCGACUCACACAGGGGAGAAACCAUAUGAAUGUUUGGAGUGCGGAAAGAGCUUCAGUUUAAAUGCAAUCCUUAGACGACAUCAACGGACUCACACAGGGGAGAAACCAUAUGAAUGUAUGGAGUGUGGAAAGAGCUUUAGUUUCAAUGCAAACCUUACACGACAUCAACGGACUCACACAGGGGAAAAACCAUUUAAAUGCAUUGAGUGUGGAAAGAGAUUUAGUGAUAAUGGAAAACUUAGAAGACAUCAACAGACUCACACAGGGGAGAAACCAUGUAAAUGUAUGGAGUGUGGAAAGACCUUCCGUGAUAAUGGAACCCUUAGAGGACAUCAAGCGACUCACACAGGGGAGAAACCAUAUGAAUGUAUGGAGUGCGGAAAGAGCUUCAGUUUCAAUGGAAGCCUUAGAAGACAUCAACGGACUCACACAGGGGAGAAACCACUUAAAUGCAUUGAGUGUGGAAUGAGAUUUAGUGAUAAUGGAAAACUUAGAAGACAUCAACAGACUCACACAGGGGAGAAACCAUUUAAAUGCAUGGAGUGUGGAAAGAGAUUUAGUGAUAAUGGAAACCUUAGAAGACAUCAACAGACUCACACAGGGGAGAAACCAUUUAAAUGUAUGGAGUGUGGAAAGACCUUUCGUGAUAAUGGAACCCUUAGAGGACAUCAACGGACUCACACAGGGGAGAAACCAUAUGAAUGUAUGGAGUGCGGAAAGAGCUUCAGUUUCAAUGCAAACCUUACACGACAUCAACGGACUCACACAGGGGAAAAAUCAUUUAAAUGCAUUGAGUGUGGAAAGAGCUUCAGUCAGAAUGGAGCCCUUAGAAAACAUCAACGGACUCACACAGGGGAGAAACCUUAUAAAUGUAUGCAUUGUGGAAAGGGCUUCAGUCAGAAUGGAGACCUUAGAAAACAUCAACGGACUCACACAGGGGAGAAACCAUAUGAAUGUAUGGAGUGCGGAAAGAGCUUCAGUUUCAAUGGAAGCCUUAGAAUACAUCAACGGACUCACACAGAGGAGAAACCAUAUGAAUGUAUGGAGUGUGGAAAGAGCUUUAUUGAUAAUGGAAACCUUAGAAGACAUCAACAGACUCACACAGGGGAAAAACCAUUUAAAUGCAUGGAGUGCGGAAAGAAAUUCAGUCAGAGUGGACAGCUUAAUAGACAUCAACUGACUCACACAGGGGAGAAACCAUAUGAAUGAAUGGAGUGCGGAGGAGCUUCGGUUUCAGUGAAACCCUUAGAAGACAUCAAAGGACUCGCAAAGGGGAAAAACCCUUUAAAUGCAUUGAGAGCGAUAAAGCUUCAGGCAGAGUGGAACCCUUGAUUUACAUUAACAAACUCACACAAGAGACAAACCAUAUAAGUGCCAGGAAGUUAGAUAAAGGUAGAGGUCCAGUUCUAGUGGAAGUUCUAAAUCAACAGACUCAUGUACAGGAUGAACUUUAAGAGCUGAACCCCUACAAACCAUCAAC